AGGUGUUCAAGUGGUGCAAAGGAGGAAGAGGAAAAGAGGAUUAGAGGGUCGCCACGUUUAGCAAUAACCAAACCCUCUCUACUCUUUUUUCUUCUCCUUCUCUUCGCUAGGGUUUUAGCUUCUUCCUCUUCACUUCGUUCUUUUUCGCCUCUACAAUGAGCAACGACAAGGACACAUUCAACGUCGCCGAUCUCACUUCUGCUCUCAACGAGGACAAUAGAGCAGACCUUGUCAAUGCUCUUAAGAGCAAGAUACAGAGUUUGGCUGGACAACACUCGGAUAUUCUAGAGUCUCUGUCGCCCAAUGUCCGAAAGCGUGUUGAGGUUCUUAGAGAGAUCCAGGGCCAACAUGAUGAAUUAGAGGCUAAAUUUUUUGAAGAGAGAGCAGCUCUCGAGGCCAAAUACCAAAAAUUGUAUCAACCACUUUACACAAAGCGGUACGAAAUAGUAAAUGGUACUACGGAAGUUGAAGAAGGGGCAGUGAAAGAAACAGCACCUGAUAAUGAAGAGGAUCAAGAGAAAGGAGUGCCUGCAUUUUGGCUUACUGCUAUGAAAAACAAUGAAGUGUUGGCUGAGGAGAUUUCAGAGCGUGACGAAGGUGCUCUUAAGUAUCUCAAAGAUAUCAAGUGGAGCAGGAUAGAAAACCCUAAAGGAUUCAAGCUUGACUUUUUCUUUGAUACCAACCCUUAUUUUACCAAUUCUGUCUUGACAAAAACAUAUCAUAUGAUUGAUGAGGAUGAACCAAUAUUGGAGAAAGCAAUUGGGACUGAAAUUCAAUGGCACCCAGGAAAAUGUCUGACACAGAAGAUUCUUAAGAAAAAACCUAAGAAGGGUUCGAAGAAUGCUAAACCAAUUACCAAAACUGAAAAUUGUGAAAGCUUCUUCAAUUUCUUCAACCCCCCGCAAGUUCCUGAAGAUGAUGAAGACAUUGAUGAAGAUGUGGCUGAGGAACUUCAGAAUCAGAUGGAACAAGACUAUGACAUAGGGUCCACAAUAAGAGACAAGAUUAUUCCCCAUGCUGUAUCAUGGUUUACUGGGGAGGCCAUUCAGGGGGACGAGUUUGGAGAUCUGGAGGACGAUGAGGAUGAUGAAGAUAUUGAAGAGGACGAUGAUGAAGAUGAAGAGGACGAUGACGAUGAUGAUGAUGACGAUGAUGAUGAGGAAGAGAGCAAGACCAAAAAGAAGUCAUCAGCACCUAAGAAGAGUGGAAGAGCACAACUUGGUGAUGGCCAGCAGGGUGAGCGACCUCCAGAGUGCAAGCAGCAGUAGAAGUAUUUAUGCAGAAUGUCAUUUAUGUAGUUGAGUUUUGUUGGUGUUCGAGAAUGUCCUAAUGUGAAAGUGGGUUUCAUGUUGUUUUUUAAUGUUUCUUAAAUUGAUUUUCCUCCCUAUAUCUUGGCAGUCCGAAUUUGUUGCGAGUCCCUUCUCUUAUUUUGCGCCUGGUAGAGAGAAUGUGGUUAUAGGUAGAGAUGCUGUGAUUUGUUUAUGCUGGAAUUUGUACUGCCAUCAGUAUACUUGAUUAUAGUUUGUGCGCCAACUAGUAAUUUUUGCUGUUAUAAGAACUUGAUUAUAGCUCGAUCAACAUUGUUUUAAGUAUUGGAAGGAAGUCUAUGUAAAGGUUACCGUAAGGUUCAUGUUA